ACCCUGUUUGCGACUAGCUUUUAGUAUUUAUAUUUUUUUACGCAGAUUAAUUUGCGCACAAGAUUUGCAGACGUGAUUAAUGUUGAUUUCUGGUCUGGGCUCUACCGGAGUGCCAGUACUUGGAGUCGCAACCGGAGGACAACGAUUCUGGAGAGGAUUCCCGAUCGAAAGGAGGCUACGAACAGGUGGUGGUCCUGCGAAAUUCCACCUGAACCACCAUCUCCCAUAACUCCGAUGACCUCUUGAGACCGCACAAAUCAUGGAUCCCUUGGUGUUUUUCGUAGUGCUGGCUUCGCUCUAUGGCAUCCUGUACUUUUUCGACCGCUUCUUCAAGAGCUGCAUGCACUACCCCUACGAUGCCUUCCUCAAGAACACCGGACUGAGUGUCAACUUCAUGAGCCUUCACUGGCACACAAGUGCCUUCAAUAGGACCCUCCUCCGCUGGGGAUCCGCCGGAAACAGCUGCACGCGCAGAGUAAUGCUCACUAGCUUCAAUAUCGGUGUCCUGGUCACCUUUUCGUUGCUCCCGAUUGGGCUCAUCCUGCUCAUUGCCACCAUCUUCAGUAGUGGCGAACAGGAGAGCUCAUCCUCGCCCGUUGGCGUGCCCGUGCAGUUGGAAAUCCUGCUGCCCGGCGUCAACCUGCCGCUGGAGGAGAUUGGCUACUACAUCACCACCCUGGUGCUCUGCCUGGUGGUCCACGAGAUGGGACACGCCCUGGCCGCUGUGAUGGAAGAUGUGCCCGUCACAGGGUUUGGGAUUAAGUUCAUCUUCUUCCUGCCGUUGGCAUACACUGAACUCUCUCACGAUCACCUGAACGGCCUGCGUUGGUUCCGAAAGUUGCGUGUCUUGUGCGCCGGCAUCUGGCACAACUUUGUGUUUGCCGGCGUGUGCUACCUUCUAAUCUCAACGGUGGGCAUCACCAUGUCACCAUUGUACGCCUACAACCAGCACGUUGUGGUCACCGAGCUAACAAGGAAAUCUCCGCUGCGAGGCGAGCGCGGCCUGCAGGUGGACAAUCAAAUCACCCAGGUGAACGGCUGUCCGGUGAACAGCGAGGAGAGCUGGGUGACCUGUCUACAGAACUGCCUGAAACUCAAGCCGGGCUACUGCGUGAGUGCGGACUUCGUGCAGCUGAACGACGAAAGCAGCGCCAUUUCACACCACAGCAUUGAUGGCCAGCUGCAGUGCUGCGAUGAACUGAAUCCCAAUGUGAGCUGCUUCGAGGUGGUGGAGGAUGUCAAUGGGGAUGUGCCCGUGGAGCUGCCGCAGCACGUGUGCCUCAAUGUGCGCCGCACUCUGGAGGAGGUGACCGAACACUGCUCCUCGGGUGUCUGCAACGAGGGCUUCUGUCUGCGCCCGCUAAUUCGGAACAUCACUGCCAUAAUGACCUUUAAGCGACAGAAUUCACGCGGAGAGAAGCUGCCGCCGGUGAUUUAUGUGGGUCAUCCCUGGGAUGUCACGCGUACCGUGGAGGUCUCCGCCUUUGUGCCCAGAUACUCCUUCCUGAAGGCGGCGUGGCCAGAUGCCUGGCUACUGCUGCUCAAGUACAACGUUGUCUUCAGCAUAGGAUUGGCCCUGAUCAAUGCCAUCCCCUGCUUCGGCUUCGAUGGCGCCCACAUCACCAGCACCGUGAUACACAGCUUCUUGGUGAGCCGAGUCGAUCAGCAUGCCAAGAGGGAUCUCAUCUCGGUGAUCAUCACCAGCGUGGGCUCCCUGCUCUUCGGACUGGCGCUGCUUAAGGUGGCCUGGCUGAGUUUCCUGCGACCUCUGCUUUAGAACUGAUACUGAUAACUGAUAGAUGGAAACUGGGAGUCCAACUCCCCUCCAAAGACGCUAGACUGCUAUUUCACCUCCACGAAACACACGAAAACACAGCGAAUUGUAGCACCUCAAAGAUUCGAUAGCUUUUGUCUUAGUCCUUAGUCCUAACUCGUAUUUAUUUUCGUACGGUUGUCGAGCUCAAAAAUAAAAUCAAAUUAAGCUAA